UUUUUUUAUUUUAUUUUCCAGGAUUCUGCUGUGCUGGGGCUGGAGCUGAUGGCAGAGGAUGUCCACCACUAACAACAUCGCCCAGGCUCGCAAGCUGGUGGAGCAGCUGCGCAUCGAGGCUGGAAUCGAGAGGAUCAAGGUCUCCAAAGCCUCCUCAGAGCUGAUGAAUUACUGUGAGCAGCAUGCCCGGAGUGAUCCUCUCCUGGUGGGAGUUCCUGCUUCUGAAAAUCCCUUUAAGGACAAAAAACCCUGCACCAUCCUAUAGCUCUGGAAAAUUCCAGAAGGAAAUUCCCACCCAGCCUCUGGAUCCAGGCUCCUCCACAGCUCCAGGGGUAAAAAACUCAAUGCUGGCUUCAAACAGAACUUAAAAAAUUGUUGAGAAAAACAAAAAAAAAACCAAAAAAAAAAACCAAGAGAAACAAAAAAAACCCCCAAAAAAUCCCAAGAAAAACAACAAAACUACAGCCAAAAAUAAUCCUGAAAUUAUCAAUUUGGAAGCUAGAGGGCUUUUAAGGAAAGUGGGAUUAAAAUCAGGAUUUUAAUUUAAAAUUUACCCAAAGGGUUGGUGGGAGGGAGGGGAUUUUUCAUUGGGAUAUUUGGAUUUGGGAAAGGGGUGGAGGAAGAAGAAGAGGAGGAGGAAAAGUCAUUCCCAGUGGGAUGUGAGAGCUGGAAAUUCCAAUCAGGAAUUUCCUGUGGAGAAGGGACAAAAAAAAAAAAAAAAAAAUCCCAAAAAUUCCAGCUGGAAAAAUCCUUUUUUGGGAAAGCCAAAGGGAGACUGGGGAGGGAAUGGCUCUGAGAGGGGGGAAAAUCCCAGGAGGAAUUUUAGGGAGCCCCAGGGAUUUUUGGGGUGUCUCUGUGCUGUUCCCAAAUUCUGGAAGGGAGGGAAUGGAGCAGAAGGAGCUUCCUGGUGGAUCCAGAAUUCUGGAAAAAUCGACUUUUAGGGGAAUUUAAAUCCAAAUUCCCAGAAUUUCCCAUCUGCCUGCUGGGAAAUGGGCAGGAAUGUUCCCAUCCCUUGGGAAUUUGGGGUUGGGAUUUAACUGGGAGUGAUGGGAUCUCACUGGGAUGAGGAAUCUGGGGGAGCAGGGAAAGGGGAUCCUGGAAAAAUGGGGAACAGGGAAAGGGAGAGCAGGAAAAAGGGGAUCCUGGAAAAAGGGAGAGCAGGAAAAAUGGGGGAUCCUGGAAAAGGGGGAUCCUGGAAAGGGAGAUCCCAGAAAAAGGGGGAUCCAGGGAAAGGGGCAGGAAAAGGGAGAACAGGAAAAGGGAAUCCUGAAAAAAAGGGGUUCCAGGGAAAAGGGGUUCCAGGGAAAAGGGGAUCCUGGAAAAAAGGGAGAACAUGGAAAAAGGGGAUCCAGGGAAAGGUGGAGCAGGGAAAAGUGAGAUUCUGGAAAAGUGGGAUCCUGGAAAAGGGGAGCAGGGAAAGGGAGAACAGGAAAAGGGAAUCCUGAAAAAGUGGGAUCCUGGAAAAUGGGGGAUCCUGGGAAAUGGGGGAUCCUGGGAAAUGGGGGAUUCUGGGAAAUGGGGGAUUCUGGAAAAGGGGGAUGCAGGAAAAGGGGGAUUCUGGAAAAGGGGGAUUCUGGAAAUGGGGGAUGUGUCUGGGCCACCGGAUCUGUCGGGAAGGGGCAGAUCCCGGGAUUUGGGUGCAGUGUCCGAGCCCAAUCCGUGUCCCUGGGGCUCAGCAGCUCCUGGGAGAAUCCCAAAAUUCCAGAAUUCCAGCAUCCAUGAGGCUGGAAAAGGUUUCCCAAGCCCACCCGUAGGGAGAGGCCAUUCCCGGUUAUCCUGAGCACAGAAUUUCGGGAAGAGAAGGGAUAAAAAACAACACCUGAUGUGAAAUCCUGGGAAUUUCCCCACUCCCAAAAAAACACCUUGGAUUGGGAUAGGAGUGCCAGGAAUCCCCUGGAUUCCACCCCGGGAGCUGCUCCCCCUUUUCCCGAGGGAUGGGAUCCGUGUCCCCUCCCGGGAAUGUCGCUGCUCCUUUUUUCCUCUUUUCCAACCUAAAACCCGCCCGGCUUUUCCUGGGAAGCUCCCGGAAUUGCGGGGCUCGGGAAUGUCCCGCCCAUCUCGGGGUCAUUUCCCGAUGAUUCCCCUCAACCCCAGCAGAGUUUGAUCCCAGAUCCCAGAUCCCAAAUCCCGCCGGGAAUCGCGCGGCCGCUCCCGAUCCAGCCCGGGAUUCCUUCUCCAGGAGGGAAUUCCCUCCUGUCCUUCAUCUCUCGGACAGUUCCAGCCUUAUUUUUCUACUCCGGAUCUGAUUCUUCCUCUGUGUUCGAGACCAGAGCUUGGUGCUAUCCCGGAGCCGGGGCUGGAGCCGGGAAUUCUUCUCCUUCCUCCUCCUCCUCCUCCAUCCCCCCAUCCCGGGAGGAAUUUUGGGAUGUGGAUCCCAAGGGAUGCUCGGCCAGGAGCUUUGGGGUCGCUCUGCCUCCCCCACCCCGGGGUCCUGCCCGAGCAAAACUGAGCUGGAGAAGGGAGGAGAGGGGGAAAGGGGAUGGGAAAAAGGAAAAGGAGAAUGGGAGAAGGGAAAAGGAGAAGGGAAAAGGGGAUGGGAAAAAGGAAAAGGGGGGAAUGGGAGAAGGGAAAAGGGGAUGGGAGAAGGGAAAAGGGGAUGGGAGAUGGGAAAAGGGAUUGGGAGAAGGGAAAAGGAGAGGGGAAAAGAGAAUGGGAAAAAGGAAAAGGGGAUGGGAGAUGAGAAAAGGGGAUGGGGAAAAAGGAAAAGGAGAAUGGGAGGAGGGAAAAGGGAAUGGGAGAAGGGAAAAGGAGAGGGGAAAAGAGGAUUGGAGAUGGGAAAAGGGGAUGAGAGAAGGGAAAAGGGGAUGAGAGAAGGGAAAAGGGGAUGGGAAAAAGGAAAAGGAGGAUGGGAGAAGGGAAAAGGGGAUGAGAGAAGGGAAUGGGAGAAGGGAAAAGGGAAUGGGAG